AUGAUUGUUUUACAAUAUUUAGACUCACUUGAAAGUCUUUAUAAAUUUAAUUGUAUUUGUAAACAUUGUGAUGAAGCAGUCAAAGCAACAAAAAUUAAUCCAAAUUAUUCAAAUGAUUCUCUUGAUACUUUAUUACAAAACAGUGAAUUAUCUCAUAUCCAAAAAGAAAUUAAUGUUUUUCCAAACUUAGAAACAUUACAAUUAUCAAAUGAUUGUUUAGAACAAUUAUAUAAAACACAUAAAUCAUAUUUAGAAGAAUCAAUCAAAUUAAUUAAAAUAACUGAUUAUAUUCUUAAAGAAAAAGAAAAUCGACUUAUUAGUUUAAAAUUAUUACAAAAAAAAAUAGUUGAAAUGAAAUUGGAUUGUGAUUAUCUUUUGAAUGGAAUUAACUUAUUUAAUUGUUAUAAAUUACAUAAAUUAACAUUAAGAAUUGGUAAUGUCUUUCAAAUACAUUAUUUAAAAAAAUAUAUUGAAGAAAUAAAAACAAUUCCUUUUCUUCAACUAACUUGUAUUUUUCAUUCUAAACAUCAUCAAAUCGUUUCUAAUAUUUUAAACGAUUUCCCAAAAACUAAAUUAAUUUGUUGUUGGGUAGAAAAAAGUACUUGUAAUAAUCUUAUUGACUUGGCUCAUCAUUCACAAAAUCAUUUCAUUGGAGUUUCUUAUUUAGACAUUGACUCAUAUUCUGAUUUUAAUAAUUUCCCUUUUAUUUUAUUACCUCAUAGAAAUGGUCAAUUAGAAUUUGCUAAUGAAAUGGUUAUUGAACCUUAUUUCUCGGAAUUAUUAAAGAAUUAUUAUCCAGGAAAUUUAGAAAUUGUUGGUAAGAAAUUAACUCCUCUCAUUUCACAAAAUAAAUUUCUUGUUGAUUUAUCUUAUUUAAAUGACAUUACUAAAUUAUCACUUCUUGAUAGUAAAACAAAAAAUAUUAAAUAUAUCCUUCCUUCUUCUUUAAAAGAACUUAAAAUCCUUAACUUCGCUUCUUUUGAUGAUAUUUUAAAUAUUAAUGAAAUUAAAUUAAAACUUAACAAAUUCUCUAACAAACAAAUAAUAUAA